CCUGUGGCCUGGGAGUCAGACUAGAGGAGCCUCCUCCCCAGCAGGUAGCUCACAGCUGCAACUGGGUCAUGCCUUCUCACAAGUGGGCCAUGGCGAAGACAUGGCUGCUGCUUCUCCUGGGCCUCAGGAGUCAGGCUCUACCUGCAGGCAUCGCUGGCACCCCGUUCCCUUCUCUGGCUCCACCCAUCACACUGCUGGUGGAUGGAAGGCGGCAGAUUCUGGUGGUUUGCCUGGUCCUCGAUGCGGCACCCCCUGGCCUUGACAACCCUGUCUGGUUCUCAGCUGGCAAUGGCAGUGCACUAGACGCCUUCACCUACGGGCCCUCUCCAGCACCAGACGGCACCUGGACUAGCCUGGCCCAGCUUUCCUUGCCCUCUGAAGAGCUGGAAGCCUGGGAACCCUUGGUCUGCCACACCGGGCCUGGGGCUGGGGGCCAGAACCGGAGUACACCCCCCCUCCAGCUGUCAGGGGAAGCUUCCACAGACAGGACCUGCUCUCAGGAACCUCUCAGGGAGACACAGCGUCAGGUCCUGCGGUUGAGCAUUCUGCGUCUGCUCCUCUUCAAACUGCUUCUGCUGGAUGUAUUCCUGACCUGCAGCCGCCUCUGUGUGCUGGCGGGCCAGCACCUACGGCCACCGCCCUCAUGCAAGUCCCUGCCCCCCACCCACAGAAUCUGGACAUAGUAAUGAGUCUUUGAGCUUAGAUCUUACCCACUCCCCUGAGUUCAGGGUGGUGAUGCCAGACACUACUGCUCCCUGGGGCAGGAAACGAAAAGCCCUGGCUGUG